AUGUGGAUGAUGUACGGCUUGAAUGAUGCUAUAUUCUCCAUCAUUCGUGGUUGGAAACGGCUAGUCCAAGCAUUUAUUAUACACCAACCACGGAUGAUGGAGAAUAUAGCAUCAUUCAAGCCGUACAUCAUCCACAUUCAGCCAAAUAUAUUGAAUUUAGUUAACAAGACAUUUGAAGUGUACUUUCCACAAGAAGUUUAUUCUAAAAUUAUUUUGGGUAGUUUACCUGUCGAGGGACAGGAUGUUAGUAGACAGAAUGCUGUACGAAAGGUGAAUACUUUAGAAGAAGGACAGACUGUCGUUGUCGUACGCAGUGCUCAUUAUUCUACGAAUGAAGUACGAAUCGAAUGUCAGGUGAUACGUGCAUCGGAUUUAUUACUGAAAGACGUGAAGACGGGUCAUUAUUUCAAUGCCGCUUCACGUUCAGAUGUAGAAUAUGUAACAAUACCAGAAGAAGAAGGAACAGAAGUGACAUUUGCAUUGAAGAAUGAAGGAGGAGAACAAGAUGAUGCUGGUAGAGAAGCGAUAUUGUCAUGUCUUAUACAUGGGUGA